AUGCAGGAAGCCCAGAUCGAGGCCGCCCUGCACAUUUGCAACAUCCUCCCGGCUCACUUAUUCGAGGAAACGAUUAAACUGUUAUCCAAAAUUGACCAAAACUUAACCAACAACAUUUUGAUCAACAAAGAAGGUCCAAUCAAAAUAAAAUUCGAUAGCCAACAAAAUAAACACUACCUUGGGAAUAUGUUCAAUAAAGAAAAGGAUUCCUAUAGGUCUCCCUACAGUAACAGGUAUUACCCUGAACAUUGCCCAAAUGGGUACAUCCCAUCGGAAUCCUUAAGGACGCUGGAAAUAUUGUACAACGAAAUGUAUGACCGGUACAGGCGAGCAUACUACAUAGGUGGAUUGUCUUCUGUUUAUCUGUGGCCAAAUCCAAUGGAAGAAGGAUUUGUUGCAUGCUUUUUAAUCAAGAAAAAGGAAAAUUACGACACAUGCACAAGUCUCACAUGGGAAGGUACUCACCUUAUACAAGUAAGCAUAACUAAUGUAACAAUUCACUACCAAAUUUCCACCACUGUAAAUUUUUUCAUUAAGAAAAAAAACGAAAUGACCCUGUCUGCCUCCAUCAACAAAGCUUUGGAAACACCCAAAAAAGUCUCCAACGUUAAUUUGGUCAAGGAUAAAUAUUUCCACAUGCACAACAUGGGAAAAAUGAUUGAAGGUAUCGAAAACUCGCUCAGGAAAAGUAUUGAAUAUAUAUACUUACCAAAAAUGAACGACAUUUUGAAUUGCAUCCGGAUGGACGAUUCGUUUUCGUCUUCUUUGCAUAGUGCUAAUGGUACUUCCGCCCAUAACUUGCGCGCCAUUUCGAGCAACAUCGCCUUGUCUAGAGAGAGUAUACAGGACGAGUUGAGACUAAAAUUGAAAAGCAGAGAGUUGGACGCCGGAGCGGAGUACUCCCUUCGGACGUGA